AGGCGGGGUCAGCGCCGCUGCCGGGUGCUGGAGGCGCCAUUGGAGCCGGCUUAGCUUGCGAUCUCCUCCGAGGAGCUGUAUCUUGGGCCGCAGUUACAACCGCGGCCGCUCUUAGUCCCCGGCCGGUCAGCGGCAUGGCGUGUGGGGCGACAUUGAAGCGGCCCAUGGAGUUCGAGGCGGCGCUGCUGAGCCCGGGCUCCCCGAAGCGGCGGCGCUGCGCCCCUCUGCCCGGCCCCACUCCGGGCCUCAGGCCCCCGGACGCUGAGCCGCCGCCGCUCCAGAUGCAGACCCCACCGCCGGCUCAACAGCAGCCCGCCCCGCCCGGCAGCGAGCGGCGCCUUCCAACUCCGGAGCAAAUUUUUCAGAAUAUAAAACAAGAAUAUAGUCGUUAUCAGAGGUGGAGACAUUUAGAAGUUGUUCUUAAUCAAAAUGAAGCUUGUACUUCAGAAAGUCAGCCUCACUCCUCUGCACUCACAGCACCUAGUUCUCCAGGUUCCUCCUGGAUGAAGAAAGACCAGCCCACCUUUACUCUCCGACAAGUUGGCAUAAUAUGUGAGCGUCUCUUAAAAGAUUAUGAAGAUAAAAUUCGAGAGGAGUAUGAGCAAAUCCUCAAUACCAAACUAGCAGAACAAUAUGAAUCUUUUGUGAAAUUCACACAUGAUCAGAUUAUGCGACGAUAUGGGACAAGGCCCACAAGCUAUGUGUCCUGAAGCUUUCUUGCAUAUCUGGGUACCAGGUUUGACCUCAAGAGACGGCUGCUGUACACUUUUUGCAACUGGUUUGAUAUCACAUUUCAACUCCAACUUUGCAUCCUGAGAACACUUAAAUGUUUCUGCAGGUCCAUUUUAUACAACUUGAAAGACCUUAAAACUUUCUGGUUGCCACAAGCAUAUCUUUCUUUUCUGCUCAUCCAAUAAACAGCUGUGCCCUACUGUGAUAGAUUUUCCAAACAAUACCUGGAGCAGCAGUUUAGCAAAAUAUGCCCUCAGUGGCACUCAACAAAUGGAGUUUCCCCAAGCACAGUUCUGUAAGAAGUGUGUGUGAGAGUGUGUGUAUAUGUGUGUAUGUGUAUUUUAAGUUAUUAUUUGUAUUGUGCAAAUUUUUUUGAUCUUGGGGAUCCUGGCUGUGAAUUUGAUGCACGACAAUUAUGGUUAAAAACAUUUGCUUGAUCUACAGAAGAUCAUUAAUGUUUUGUGACCAUAUAAGUUGUAACAGUGGGUUGUUUUAUGUGUAGGUAUUACUGUUAAAUACAGGGACUGUUUCCAGGCACAGAAUAUGAAUCAUACGUUAGGAUGGACAUUAGAUGUGAUUAUGAUGACAUAGCUCUGUGGUCCUAGGUCUACAGAUGUGUGGUGAGGAAUUAGAACCAACCGGAGACGGGCCGUUUGACACAUGGACUCUGCCUAGCCGUGUUAGAAAAAUACUUUGACUCCAAGCCUUAAAAUACCCACAUGGAGUCUGUGCUCACCUCAUUCACACAAAGAGCUCCCCUGGACACUGAACCUCUGAAAAGAAAAAGUCUCCCCAGAAUCAGGAACAUCUGGGUUUGCUUGGGAGCAUACCAUAGGUUGAGCACGGGGCUGGGCCAGGCCCCGAUGGCACUGCUACUUGGGAGGAGCCACUUCACCUUUGUAUCAGUUAUCACAGGUAGAUUUGGAUCCUUUGGUCAGCUUCCCCCAAAUUCUUUUGACAGGUGUCCAUGUUCAACUGCUUGAUCUUUGUUUUGGCAACCCCCUACCCGAAGUUGCUUACAGACUGUUCUUCACCUUGUUUGUAAGGCUGAGGAACAGAAAGUAGCCUCUGUUUUGAGGAGGUGGAAGUUAAGUACACAUUUAUUUUUUACUGUGACUUGUUCAGGACCACAUUUUACAAAAUGCCUUGUUUCAUUUAUUGUUUCUGGAAAGGAAAGUUCUAUUAAAAUUGUUUUAGUUCGAAUAUAGAAUAGUUUUUUUUUUUUUUAAUUAGGGCUUAUUUUGAAAAAUUCUGAGUUUAAUUCAAAUGUAUGCCAAUACCUUCCAAAGUAAGGUAACAUUCGGUGACAGUUCUGAUGAGAUGGCUUAGAGAAAUUUCUGGGAUAUUCACAUUGGAAGAUUCCUUAUUAAUGAAUGUCUUUGACUUAAAUCUAACCAAAAACUGCAACGUUAUUCUUUGUACAUUUUCAUUAUAUAGUGUUAACAAGCUUAGUUGCAAACAAAUAAAAUACUUAAGCUAUUUGUUUACCUUGCCUUCUUAAUACUGUGAUAAUGUUUAUUAAAAUAAUUUAUGUGAGGCUGCUAUAUCCAUUUCCCUUGUUCAACACUACAUUUAAGAGUUAUAGACUUUUUUUUAAAUCCCAGCAGUGAUCUUUUGAUAAUUAAAGAAUUAUUAUACUUCAUAUUUGAAGGGCAGUUUGUUUCAUCUCUUCUCUUUCCAGGGUAGUCACUUGUUCCUGGAAGAGGAGCAUAGCAGUGGCAGUAAUGGGAGUGGCCUUACAGUGGGAUAGUCGCACCAGAACAAAGGAAGGGCAGCUGUAGGGGCCAUCGGAAGUCCUGAAGGAUGGACCAGGAAUAGGGAAUGCUGCCAGACUGAAGUCUUGUUACAAAUCAGUGUGAUAUGCCCACUCACCAUUGCAAGUGUCGGCCCCAUUCCUCCUAAGUGGCUUCUGGCUGGAAAGUAGAGUGAGUUUCUAUAAGGAAAAUAACAGGCUGUUGUAUUAUGAUAUGAUUGCCCUUUGGACCACAGGAUAAAACCACACCACCAUGGCUGGGUUUUAGGAUCUCCUCCAAAGGGACUAGACAUGUUUACUGUUUUAAGACAUUUCCUAGGACCUGUCUUAUGGGGACCUGUAAGGUAGGUCUUAAAGACUAGCAAAAGGAUUUCCUGCUAGAUCUUGAUUUCUAGGACUUGAAUUUAGGGACAUUCCCAGGUAGAGAAGUGUCUUUGUCCCAUGGAGAUAGGUCAAUGCCCAGGGAAGAAGUAAACCUACAGAGAUCUAUAAGGAUGGACCAGAACCUGUGGUCACAGAACAGCCGUAUCUAGUGAGCUAGUUAAUUUUUUUUAUCAUUUUAAUUUUAUUUGUUAUCGUUAGCAAAGUCUUAAGCUUAAGGGGAAUGAAAGGAGUAAGUGUCCCUGCCUAGGUCAGAGGGUACAGCAGAGUUCCAAAGUUCUGAGGCAGCGACAAUUGUUAGGAACUCCCCAAGGAGAAGAACGUUAGGAGAUGUAAGAAUUUGGGCCAACUUCCAUACAUGGUGAGUCUUCUCUGCCCACCAGGAAGGAUUGCUUGGCUAAUAUUGUAGUUAGAGGAAUGGCCUUCAGAUGUUUGUAGCCCUAGGGUUUAGUCUGCUCUGCCAUUAACUAGCUAUGUGAGCCUUGCCAAGUUACUGAACUUUCUGAGCCAUAGUUUCCUUAUCUGUAAAACAAGGGUAAUUGUAUGUACAUCAUUGGGUUUUGUUUUCAAAUGCAAGAUUAUAUUAAAUAGUCCAUGUAAAGAAAGUAUUUAGCACAGCUUGGGAUAUAGAAUAUACACUUGAAAAUGUUACAGUAGGUUUCUUUCAGUGGUCUUCAUUAGCUCGGAAGACCUAAAUCUUCCUUUCAACAGCAGUGAUUCUCAGCUUUCCAGUAUGAAGAGCCCCUUGUUAACAUCAAAGUUUCACAUUCUCUUAUUAGAAUUUGUACUUUUAAGUGUUUGACUAAGAAAACAAUAAAAGAUGAAUGACAAAUGAA